AUGUCCAACUUGAAGUUCGACUUUGUCCAAGCUCUCAAGGGAGCCAAGGGGCUCGGCGCUUCUUGGAGGUUGCCUGAAUUCAAGACCUUGGGCCAAAAGCCGGAAUCCGAGUUCCGGGUGCUCGAGGACAAGCAUCACAACGAGGAGGAGUCUGUCUUUGAGCCCGACAAUCGUGAGAUUAUUCCCCCCGGGGACUUCGCAGACGGUGGAAAAUAUCGCUCUAUUGUGAAGAUUUCCAUGCGAUAUGAGGGUAUGGGUGAAGAUGAUGAUCGCUGGGCGAUCGGCACCGGAUACCUUGUUGCGCCCGACGUCCUUAUAACUGCUGGCCACUGCGUCUUCCACCACGGCGAUGGCGGCCAAGGCCUCGGUCGUCUCACCCAUAUGAGAUGCUUCAUUGGAUAUGAUGGGAAGAACUCGGUUGGCAAAUCAUCCGUCCAGUUCCGCACUGCGAUUAUGGUUGUCACGACUGCCAAGUUUGUCAUUGACGGUGCGCGCAGCAGUGACGUUGCCAUCGUGAAGGUCGAUAGGGCCUUCGAGGGUAACCUGAACUUGUUCAAGUACCAAGACACCCCACUGAAGGCCACCGCCUUUUUGGGAAUUGUCGGCUAUCCCGGAGACAAGCAGAUGAAUGGAGAACGAGGCGCCCAGAUGUAUGGGCUUGUCGAUGAAGUCACCUACGACCUGGCUACCAGCCAAAAGAACAUGCUUGAAUACCGCAUCUCGACGGCUGGAGGUCAAUCCGGUGCCCCUGUUCUCAAAUUCAAGUUGCGCAGCGGCCAGAUAGUGCCGGACGUGGUCAUUGGUACUCAUUGCUACGGCGGUUCUGGCAAAAACUCAGCCAGCGUCAUUGGUGGCCAGUAUGGUAACGAUUACAAGACGCUCAUGGACGGUCUCCAGAAAAACGGCAGCCUCUACAUCACUGAUAUUAGCAAGGGACUACCUGGUGUUGAGCCUGGCCCUGAUCCCAGUCCCGAGCCCGUGGCCGAGGGGUUCCUUGACAUUUUGAAGGACAUUGGUCGCGUCGUUACGCCCAUCGCUCAGCAAGGUCUUUCCUUCGCUUCGCCCUUCCUCGGCCCUCUUGGUGGCCCUGUGUCCGCCAUCGGUGGCAUUGCCCUCGGUGCGCUGAGCAAAGUCUGCGAAGAGUCUGCCUUGGACGAAGACAAGACGCCAUCAUACAAGCUUCAGGACGGUGUGGCCCAACGCGCUGUUCUGGCAGAGGCCGCCCUGCAGACUGUCCUCCGGAUGGAGCGCAGUCCGGCUAACAAACGGAUCAUGGACAGCAUGACGGCAAAGUAUCAAGGAAGUGGAUUCGAUGCCGACAAGGCCAACAAACUUGGCGCCAAACUCGUUCCCCUCAUGUCUCAAGCUGGUCUCCACCUUGCCAUCAACGAGAAUCUCGUCACCAACAAGAAACAAGCAACUGGCGUGCAGAAGAUCAAGCCGCAUGGACCUGAACUCAUCGUUCCGUCAGCAGAUACCCAGGUCGAAGAUUUCCUCGAUGCCGCCGCCCAAGCGGAAGUCAAAACGUGGCGAACGAUCGGCAAGGAGGAUAAGUCCGAGGCUGAAUUCUUCAAUGAUCUUACUCAGUUCCUGGCCACGGGCUCUCAGGCUCCUAAGCCCGCACUGAUUUCCGGCAAUCCAGCAGACCUCACCCCUGGCCAGAAACAGCUCGAGGCCUAUCUGUCCAAGAAGAGUGGCAACGAAGCCACCGACCUCCCCGUCCGCCCAAGCCCUACCGAUAAAAGUCGCCCAAUCAGCGACGCGCACGCCGCUGGGUAUCUGGCCCAUCGCGCCAUCGUUGCCGAGUGCGCCCUUCAGGCUGUCUUGGAGGCCAAAAAGACCGAUCUUCAGGACAGCGUUAUCCUGGGCGACGCCACCUCUGCCGAGCCUGAAUCGUUCUUUGACGGGCUGUUGAAGACAGUGCAGAUGAUGGGAUCAGCGGUGGUUAAGGUUGCUCCCAAGGUUUUGGACGUGGCUUUGCCCAUUUUGAUUGACACUGUUAAGAGCCAUGCUCGUGCGGAGUCUAUCUUUGAUGAUACUCCCAGCGUUCCUGUUGGCCCUCCCGCUCCUCCCCGCUUCAAUGGGGUCAGUGAAGCUGCGGUCAAAGUUAACGGUGCGAGCGCUGAUGGGUUCGUUAAUGGUAUAGAGAAAAACCCCGAUGCGCCCCCUUUCAUCCCGGACCACCUUGCUCCGCAAGUCUGA